CAGGGUCCGUCUAUCUGUGUCCAUCGGUCUCGAGCCCCGGAGUCCGGACGCCAGCCAAGUUCGGGGCCAGGGCCCCCGGGUUGCGGGUCCGGGAGUUACCCCACUCCCAGUCCCGACCGGAGAUGGCGGCCCCUCUGGGCCGCAGGGCAACAGGCACAAGUCCGGACCCGGGCAGCGCCUAGAGAAGAUGCUCCCGGAGCCCGCGGGCCCCUGAGUGCCCGAGGCCGCCCCGAUAACUGCAGCCCCAGAGAACUCUCCUUCCUCACCUCCUCCACACGACCAAGUCCCGGCAGGUCCUUUCGCCAUGGAUUCGGUUGGACUGGCACCGCAGACCCUCCAGCACCAUGAACCCAUCAGUUUCGGCAUCGACCAGAUCCUCAGCGGCCCCGAGCCCCCUGGCAGCGGCUGCCUUGGCCCAGGUCCCGGCCGCGUGGGGCAGACAGAGGGUGCUCUGUAUACUGGCGGAUACGCGGGGCCCUCGGGCUAUGGACCCUCGUGCUCAUUGGCUUCUCUUCCGGGGAGUCACGGCGGGGGGUCCGCCGGGGGCGUCAUCCGCGUCCCCGCCCACCGGCCCCUCCCCGUGCCGCCCCCCACCGGGGGCCCGGCCGCAGCCCCAGGCACCCCCGGCCUAGGCGCUGGAGGUGGCCUAUCAGGCCUUACCUUCCCUUGGAUGGACAGCAGUCGCCGUUUUGCCAAGGACCGGCUCACAGCUGCGCUGUCCCCCUUCUCUGGGGCCCGCCGCGUGGGCCACCCUUACCAGAACAGGACGCCUCCUAAGCGAAAGAAGCCGCGCACGUCUUUCUCCCGGGCGCAAGUGCUCGAGCUCGAGCGGCGUUUCCUGCGCCAGAAGUACCUGGCCUCAGCCGAGAGAGCGGCGCUAGCCAAGGCCUUGCGCAUGACGGAUGCGCAGGUCAAGACGUGGUUCCAGAACCGACGGACCAAGUGGCGGAGGCAAACUGCCGAAGAGCGGGAGGCCGAGAGGCACCGCGCAGGGAGGCUGCUCCUGCACCUCCAGCAGGAUGCUCUGCCCAGGCCACUGAGGCCGCCGCUGCCGCCGGACCCUCUGUGUCUCCACAACUCCUCACUGUUCGCGCUGCAGAAUUUGCAACCCUGGGCUGAGGACAACAAGGUCGCAUCCGUGUCCGGUCUUGCCUCCGUUGUGUGAGGGGGACCCUGGUUCUGAACCUGGGAAGUACGAUUCCACCCCCUCCAGGACUAGCCCAAACACUGCAUCCCCAGAACCUCUCCACAGACUGGACACGUGGCUUCUGCACAAGAUACCCACCUGGACGGGAUACCUUGUCUUGUCUCCAUACCAGACAUCUCCCUCCUGCACAAAGGGGGCUGAUUUGCCACUCUCACCUGGACCUGGUUGGACGCUUUGCAGAGUUGGCCUUUCACCUAUACCCACUUUUACAGAGCCAGAAGGUCCUUGGUCACCAAUUGUCCAUGCAUGGAGGGACCAACACACUGCGCCCCCAACAGGACCUAGCUAGAUACUCCUGCUGGGAGAGGACCCUGUGCUCAACUUUUCUAUACCCACCCCUGUUCCUCUUCCACACUGGCCACAACCCUCUCCACCACUGAUCAGACGCCUCUUCCCUUGUCCCCUCCUUCUUAGAGGCUGCUAAGUCCCAGGUUCUGACGAAGCAGGACUCCAGUUCCCUGCCUUCAUUGAGCUUACGAUAUGAGGUGAGGGGACGUCAAGUUCACAGGCCAUGGAUACUUGGGGCUGGACAGUGGGGAGCGGGGCCAGAACAUGCCUUCCCCAGGUGCUCCCUUUCUCCUUUCCUCUUUGCCUAAUUGAUUAGUUCGGGGAAUAAAAAGCCCGUGAAGCGAAAGCGAGUUCUGUGGACUCAGGCAGAUUCGUUCCCCAGCUCCUUUAAGGAGGCCCCGGCGACCUAAAAGGAGAAGGGUUCCUUCUCUACUCUAUCUUCUUCCUUGCCUGUUCCGGAUUCCCUACCCUCCCCAGUUGCGGCUCUCUCCCAUUGUGCCUCCGAGGACUCACAUUGCUAAAAGAUUGCGGGAGAAGGAUUCAGACUUCUCUAAGUGUCUGUGCCUCCCAGCCCAGCCCAGCCCAGCCCAGCACGAGGUCUCUGCCGCCUUUUCUGCCCUUCACCUUUUCUACCUGAAGCGGGAGGGACCUAGUUGGACCAGCUGGGCCGAGUGUAACAAACCAAUGAGAUCAGGGGGUGGGACUGACUGGUAAAAAUUAGCCAAUGACAGCCAGCGAGAGGCGAAGUUUAGGACAAGCGGGCGGGUUGCCCAAGUCAGUCGGCCUGCGCUUUGGAGAAUCCGCUACCGCAUAUGGCUCCAGUGCCAAGCGCACUUUAAGGGAGUGGAGGCAGCGGGUAUCUCUGCAGGCAGAGGGAUUGUGGGGGUGGGGCGGGAGCCUCGUGUGACCAUGACCCUGACGGUUAGGAGAGGGGGCUCAGUGUGGAGAGCACGCGACCCUUAGGACUUGGGGGUGUCUGUGUUAGUGACCGUUAGCGUGUGAGCACGUGAUCACGAGGAGUGCGUUUGAGUGGGUGCCGUUGGGGAAUGACCAAUUAGGGGUUUUCUUGGGGGGGUCAUUGUAGGGGAGGACUUGACUAUUCAGAAGCAUGUGGAUAGGGAGUUCCCACUAAGUAGUAUGAGGAAAGGGUCAAUAAAGAGGGUGGAGUCAGAGACGGAGUACCCAAAGACGCAUCGGUAAUUAAGGAUGGGAAAACAAGGGGGUGUGCCAGUGUCAAGUCUUAUCAGAUAAAGGGGUAUGUAUGUCACUGAAAAAAUUACUGAGGAAAACUUGAAACCAGACAAAAGUUAAGUCAUUCAUUGUGAAUUUCAGAGUCAGAAUAUUGAGGAAGUGGAGUUUUUGGAACCUGCAGCACCUGCAAGAUGGAUUAAUAAGGGAAGAGAAUAAUAGUAGUAGCUAACAUUUAUAUAGCACCUACUAUGCACUUUGCUAAGUGCUUUAUCAAUGUCAAACUUGAUAGAAGUAGGGAGACAUAAAGUGAUAAAAAAGAAGUAGGCUUGUGGAUUUGAGAAGGGCUAGCUGUGGGACUUUUCCAAAUUCAAAUUUACAGGAUUUCUUGCCAGACUGAAAAUAAGAGGGCAAAGGAAAGAGCCAAUAGAUUUAUCAAAGAUAAAUCGAUGGUUGUGCAGCUGGGAGAACAAUAAAGGGGGAGGAAUAAUGUAUUUGGGGGAAAAAAUGAAUGUCUUGUAAAGAGUUCUAGGCAAACAGAAUAGUUAGGGAUAAUUUUAGAUCUAUUCAAAUUCAAAUACAAAUGGCAAUUUAAAAAUGCAAGAAAGAAUGAGUCCAGUGGGAUGGAAAGACUAAGAAGAGUCUUUGGAGGACUUGGGAAAGUAGACCAAGGUGUCCAGAAGAGGACAUCAUGUCUCUGAAAUCCUUCCAGCUCUCAGCCUGUGAGGAUGGUGAUAGUGAGGUGCCUAAAGCAAAGGUUAGCGUCCUUCUCUUGGCUGGUGAAGGUGGUAUGGAAUUGGGAUGGCUCAAAGAGGGAAACUGUGUGUGGGAGGAGACUACAAUGUCCCCAAGCAGAAUCUGGGGAGAAUUUGGAGAAAAGGGUAGCUGAAUGCAGCCUAUGUCAAAAUGUAAUGCACUGAUUUUCCUGGAAGGCCAAAGAUA